AUGGAAGAGGCAGCAACCAUUGGUCAAGAUACCGGGAACAGUACUGUCAGUGAGCCAAUGGAAUGUCCACGGUUGCUGCAGUCCAUUGAGGUUGCGUCACUGCUGGUGCGCCCAAUUCAUAUAGUGGGUGAUGUGUUGAAGGUCCUACGGGGCUGCUUGUUUAGCAUGCGCGGGGUAAAAAAUGUAGUGAAUGGAGCUGCGGCAGACACGGCGGCUGGUGAUGCGCAGGCGUGCAGAAAAUUCCUUCUUGACCCAACUUUCCUUUCGCCCAUCAGUAUCCCCCAGCUUUCAUCAUCGUGCACUCUUGUAUGGAUGAGGGCAGAUGAUGUGUCGCUUCCCGCGGUUCUGCGUGACAAGUUAGUGCUCGUAUCACAGGGUGCAGAGUCCCGAGCCGAACCUCUUCAAGUUGCACUUACCACACACACCGUGGAUGUGACCUCUAAGAACUUCACCAUGCCCGAAUUGUUGCAAAUGCUGCUUCCUCCAGGCAUUACGGCAUUAAGUGGAUUCGAACAAAUUGGGCACAUCGCCCAUGUGAACCUAUCGGCUGAGCAUCUGCCGUACAAAAUGGCAAUUGGUGCUGUUAUCCUCAGCUGCAAUCCAACGGUAAGUGUUGUCGUGAAUAAGGUUAACUCAAUAUCCAGUGUGUUCCGCGAGUUCAAGAUGGAAAUCGUAGCCCAUCGCCACUGCGGUGGGAACAGUAAAGGUAACAGUAGCACUCACCGAGGCGGAGGGGGAAGCGUCGGCGUAGCAGGGAGCGGCGACCACAAUCCAAGGACUAACGCUGAGGAAGAGGAAGCUCAACAACAACAACAACAACUGCUUCUAGCUACUGUCCGGCAACACGGCUGCACCUUUCGUGUUCCAUAUGAUCGCGUGUACUGGAAUUCACGUCUGAGCCACGAGCACACACGCAUUGUAGAACUCAUGCAAAGGGGUGAUGUUCUCUAUGACGUUAUGGCGGGUGUUGGUCCCUUUGCUGUUCCUGCCGCAUCCGCCGGCGUCACUGUUUACGCAAAUGAUCUCAACCCUGUAGCGGCCGAGUACCUGCGCAUUAACGCGGAUAUAAAUCACAUACGAAAGGACUCCUUUCAUAUUUUCAACAUAGAUGGGCGUGAGUUCAUGAACACAAUCCUUUACAACGAUGUCAUAGCCAACAGCUCUCGGUGCGGCAGACGGCACGUAACAAUGAAUUUGCCCGCCAUAGCUGUGGAAUUUCUUGACGUCUUCGCUAAGAGGCCAUGGAUUCCGGAACCUGGAAUGAAGGUGCGGGAGUCAAAGGAGAACCCCGACAAACGGGUGCUCUUUCAUGUUUACUGUUUCUCAAAGAAUGUGGAGGAUUUCACCGGUGACGCAGUAAGACAGGUGACACGUUGGCUUUCUUUCGAGCUGAGAAAAGAGAAUCUGGAGUUGGUUCAUGUGGUGCGGGACGUGGCACCCAAGAAGCGCAUGGUGUGUGUGAGCUUCACUCUUCCUGAUGCUUUCUGGCGCUGUCGAUAUGACAAUAUGGGGACGGAAAAGCAGAUGCAGACUCUGAAGCGAGCGCGCGAGGGCUGA